AAUGAUUCCUCUCAUUCUGACCGUGGCUCCGACCAUUUUCUCGUUUAUAUGUUCUACUUUUAUUAUUCUUCGCAUUUUUAUUCCUAUCUUGCCACCCCAUCCGUUGAGUCGACGUGUUUCACCUUCUGAAUUCGGUCUUCCUGGACUUUCGCUCCCUAUCUCCAGCUGACAAGAUGUAUACAUUAUCUUCUGCAAAGAAGAUCUGGUCAUCAUGUAAAUCUCUGGGAGGACCAUCCUGUCUGAGUAUCGCUGAAGAUCUGCUUGUUGGAGUGCGAGUAUGAUUAGCCAUGACCGUAAGGCCAGCCUGUCUCCUCGUUGUCUCUGCUAUCACACUACUCCACGUUCAUUUGCGUGGCUCCGUUUCGUUUGGAUCCAAGCAUUGGAUGCUCUGGGCCCUAACAGCUUCGUUUUUAAUCACGUCUACUGCUGUCACUGGUGUUAUAUCAGGCACUGGUAUUACCACUUUCUUUACGGGCCUUGCUGCCUAUGCUUCCGUUGUUGCUACUAUUCUCGGCACUGCAGCGUUUGGUUGUCUCAUUGGAACCCUACUGAUCAUUAAGCGUAACCUCACUGCGAUGAAUGAUUACGAGGAUUCGUGGCCUCCUGUUCGGCAGAUGGAGGAAAAAUCUAGGCCAUCAUUCGCCACCGAGGAGAUUGACGCUAUUCGAGACGGAGCCUCGUGGAUCACUUCUUCAGCUGGCUCCCGCCGCGGAUCCAUCUCUGCAUUGUCUUUUUCCACUCAUCACACUGGGGUCAUUGCCAAAUGACGGUGGCCGGCAGCCUCAAGGAGACCACAAUGCUUCGGUUCCCACUAAAUCAUUCUUCUGGUUUGGAUUUUCUACCACCAAUGUCAAUUCUGUUCCUCCAGCUCCACUACUUCCUUUUUCAUAUGGUCCCACUU